AUGGCAGUGGCAUGGUUGAAAUUGAAACGAAAAGCCUCUUCAAUUCCAAUAAUCCUCAUCACAACCCUCGUUCUGGUCUUCUUCUCUGUAAACCCUCCUUCUCCCAUUGCCACACCACGCAGGUCACUCCUCCUCGCUCCCUCACCCUGCUCCGCCAAUUCCAAUGGACUCCUCAAUUACCACUGCCUCUUCCCCCAACACUCCUCUCUCUCCAUCCCCUCCCUCUCCCUUUUCCUCCUCCUCCACUUCUACAUCCUCAUCACCACCGCCCAGCACCAUUUCUCUAUUGUCACCACCAAACUCGCCUCCCAUCUUAGCCUCUCUCCCAGCAUGGCCGCCGUCACCCUCCUCUCCCUCGGCAACGGCGCCCCCGACGUCUUUGCCUCCCUCGCCGCCCUCCGCGCCGGCCAGUACCGCACCGGAUUCGGCGCUAUCCUCUCCGCCGGCACUUUCGUUUCCGCCCUCGUCGUCGGCUUCGUUGCCAUCCACGCUGCGCCCUUCUCCGUCGAUCCCGCUCCCUUCGUUAGGGAUGUUCUCUUCUACCUCACCGCCGCAAUGUUCCUCUUUUACGUGUACCUCAGCGCCGAGAUUUUCCUUUGGCAGGCCGUCGGAUUCGUUGUUUUCUACUUGUUCUUCGUAGGGUUUGUGUUCUAUAUGGAUUUGGGGAUGGCGUAUCCCAAUGAAAAGAGUUCCGCGGACCUCGAGGAACAGAUGGAAUGGGAUUCCGACGCUAAAGUUUCGGGAUCUGCCGAGGGAGAGAAACGUGCAUCUGGAGUGCGUGGAACGUUUCGCUUGGUAUGUUGUUGUAGUUUCCGUUUCGAGUACGUACGCUGUCCUGAUUUUUUAUCCCUUGCUCUGUGCACUCAGAUUUCUAAAACAUGGGAGCUUCCUGUCAAAACUCUCCUGAGAUUGACAAUCCCUCAACCAGCACCAGCACAAUGGAGCAGAUUUUAUGCAUCAGCCAAUAUAGCACUUUGUCCACUAUCCCUCUUGUAUGCCUGUAACUCAUUCAUACCAUUUAAUCAUCCCAUAGUUUUCCUCCUCCCCAACACUCACCUUCCCCUCUGGUCAGUAGUGCUCAUGACAAGUUUCUCUCUAGCAUUUCUUCAUUUUGUAAUCGAAAAGGAACCGCCCAAAGCAGAGCAUCUGCCUGUGGUUGUCACGGCAUUUGUGAUGAGCGUGUUUUGGAUAUCUACUACAGCAGGAGAGCUGGUGAACUGCCUGGAAGCUAUAGGCACACAUCUCAAAGUGCCCCCAGCAUUCCUGGGACUUACUGUGCUGGCAUGGGGAAAUUCUGUGGGAGAUCUUGUUGCUGAUGUCGCAGUUGCUAAAGCUGGUCAUCCAGCGAUGGCAAUGGCAGGAUGCUUUGCCGGACCAAUGUUUAACAUGCUUGUUGGCCUUGGCAGUGCUUUAGUAAUACAGACGGCCAAUGUAUAUCCCAGAGCUUAUCAGCUUAAUUUCCACGUUGGUAUCGUGAUCGCAUUUGUAUUCCUGCUUUUAAGCCUUAUGGGGUCUCUCUUGGUGAUCACUUGGUGCAGAUUCAGAGUGCCUAGGUUUUGGGGAUUCUGCCUGGUAGGUAUCUAUGUUGUUUUUAUGGCAGCGAGUUUAGUAAUAGCCAUGUUCUCAGGGUGA